AUGCAAUAUAAGGACGCCCCCAUCACUUCUAGUCGCGGAGCGGGCUGUCAGGGCCAAAUCCAGACAGAUAGGAUGGCCAACCCGAAUGAAUCAAUCGAGGACUACAGCCGCGUCAUGCUUCAAUACACCCACAAGCGGAUGUCAUCUUUCACCCACGUCGACCAGGACAAGCGCUCGCCGUCUGCUUCCAGCCGCAGUAGUGGCAGCAGUGGCAGCAGUAACAAGAGUGGCACUCGCGCGAUGGCCUCCGUUCCUGGUCCGGGUGGUGCCUGUCAUGACGGCCCCAGCGGGUCUCAGGACAGUAUGGAUACGAAGGCAUCUUAA